AUGUCUGCCCCCAGUCUCUCCAAGAUGUCUGCCCCCAGUCUCUCCAAGAUGUCUGCCCCCGGUCUGUCCAAGAUGUCUGCCCCCGGUCUGUCCAAGAUGUCUGCCCCCGGUCUGUCCAAGAUGUCUGCCCCCGGUCUGUCCAAGAUGUCUGCCCCCGGUCUGUCCAAGAUGUCUGCCCCCAGUCUCUCCAAGAUGUCUGCCCCCGGGUCUGUCCAAGAUUCUGAUUCAGUGUUUCUCCUUCCUCCCUCACGCUCCCCCUCCUCCUCUCUUCCUACUGCUGCUCGUCUGACUCACCUGUCUCAGUGUCUCUCUCCUCUCUCCACCUCUCUCUCCUUCCCUCCGGUCUCUCUCUACUCCUCUCUCCUGACUCAGUCUCUACCCCACCUCUCCUCUCUCCUCCUCCUCCUCUCUCCCCUCUCCCCCUCUCUUUCUCCUCUCUCCUCCUCCCCUCUCCUCCUCUCUCUUCCUCCUCCUCCUCUCUCCUCCUCUCUCCCCCUCUCUUUCUCCUCUCUCUUCCUCCUCCUCCUCCUCCUCUCUCCUCCUCUCCCCCUGCAGCUGUAG